CGUCACACCCUGCUGGUGCUCAUUCCCCUCUUUGGGAUCACCUACCUGCUGGUCCUCACUGGCCCCGAACAGGGCAUCAGUCGCAAUCUCUUUGAGGCCAUACGGGCAUUUCUCAUCAGCAUACAGGGCUUCUUUGUGGCGCUUUUCUAUUGUUUCCUCAACUCGGAGGUGCGCCAGACGCUAAGGCAUCGCUUCAUUCGUUGGCGCGAGAGUCGGAACAUCCAUCGGAGUAGCUCAAUCAAGAACCGCAGCACCGAAGAGUGUGUGAUCUGCCUGCGUCCCACGCCGCACACUCGCCUGGCGACACAGGAACAAUACCACAGCAUCAAUAUCACCGAUUUUGUUUAGGAACUACAAGUACAUAU